CAGUGCAGUGAUGUCGGCACUGCUUUGCCUCGUAGCUGGUGCACUUUUCUUCUAUGUGAUAGUGUAUUACGCUGUGUUUAGAGGAGCCAGGUGUUCCAGUUUAGUGAGGCUGAAUGGGAAGACGGCCAUUGUUACAGGAAGCAACACUGGCAUCGGCAAGGCCACGGCUCUGGAACUGGCAAAGAGAGGAGCCAGGGUGAUCCUAGCCUGCCGCAACAAGGAUAAAGCUGAGUCAGCUGCAUAUGACAUCCGUAGAGAGAGUGGGAACAAUCAGGUGGUGUUCAUGCAGUUGGAUCUCGCGAGUUUCAAGUCUGUCCGCAGCUUUGCUGAAAUUUUCCUGAAGUCUGAACCCAGACUGGACAUCCUCAUCAACAAUGCAGGUGUGAUGGGUCCAGGACGUACCGAGGAUGGAUUUGGCAUGGCGUUUGGGGUUAACCACCUGGGUCACUUCCUGCUCACCAACCUUCUCCUGGAGCGCCUGCAGCAGUGUGGUCCCAGUCGCGUGCUCACCGUGGCCGCACUGCUGCACUGCUUUGGCAGUGUUGACUUCCCUCUGUUGGCUUCCAGGAAGGACUUAGUAUCUGGUCAGUCCACCUGGCACAACUUUCAAGCCUAUUGCAACAGCAAGCUGUGUAAUGUGCUGUUCACCAGGGAGCUGGCCAAUAGACUGGAGGGUACCGGUGUCACCUGCUACAGCCUCCACCCAGGAGUCAUCUACACAGAACUGUGUCGCAGUCUGAGCCUGUGGCAGCAGCUUCUCCUGAUGCCCUUGGCCAAGCUCUUCUUCCUGGAUCCUGAGGGGGGGUCCCAGACCACCCUGCACUGUGCCCUGCAGGAGGGCAUUGAGUCCUUCAGCGGACGCUACUUCUCUAACUGUGCACUGCAACAGGUGGGAGCCAAGGGACGAGAUGAUGCUCUGGCAAAGAAGUUGUGGGAAUUGAGUGAGAGGUUAACUGGUUUAUCAUAACAGACUGAAUCCUAAUCCAGUGUGAUCGCUCUGUGCCUUAUCAGAGACCUUAACAGGCCUCCAGUGUCACCGUCGUACUGUUGGUCUGUUUCUUUAAGGGCUGGUUUCUAAUGGUCUUAUACAUGUUUGACAUAGGGAACAGAAAGCAGUGCAGUGUUUUACUAUUUCUAUUAUCUGCAUAACCUUACAUUUGUUCCUGUUGUUUAAUAAAAGGCAGUUAUCCACAAAGACAUGUCACGAUUGCACUUGUGGUUCAAGCACAUUUUCUUACUGAAAUGUUACUCGGCCAGUAUGAAGAAAAAUUGCUUUUGGGUAAAUGCUCCAUCAGACUAGAAAGUGCCACUGCAAAUGUCCUUCCUCUGCUCUAAAUAAAUGGUGCUGGCUCCUCAGUAACACUUGCUGUUCUUACUAGACAACACGUUAGCACAGUUAAUCCAAGAUAACAUAUUAUAUUUAUACCAUUUACUUUUGUCUCACAACUGUCUGCAAACCAUUCCACAUCUCAUGUGGAGCAGUUUAUACCACAAAAGGGGAAAUAAUAUGAAACGAGAUAUGCAGCGCGGCUAAUAUGAUAGCCGAGAGGUCAGCCUGUCAAGACAGUUUGGUCAAAGGUACAAAUUCACACGUUAGAAUCAUAGACUGUAUAAAAAAGAUGGACAAUAUGACAGUCCCUCAAAAGUGAAGCCAAAACAUCUGAGUCACCCCCAGUGGCUGGCUGCAAUAUAGGUCAUAAACUCCGCCCCCUCCAUGUUAGUGGAUGGGAAAUGAGCCAAUCUAAAAACUCAAAGUACACGUCUGUUCUUAUCACGCUGAUGUUUAAGUCUUCCUGUUUUUGAUGUGUGGUUAUAAUUAUUAUUUGAUGCAAUAAAAAGGGGAUUGAUAUUAUGAUUGACAGCUCUGUGUGACAAUUAGUGUGCUUGCUAGCAAUGGUGCUGCUCAUAAGGCCAGCUGUGGUUCAGAGGCGGAGCAGGUUGUCCACUAAUUGGAAGAUUGGCGGUUCAGUCCCUAGCACCUUCAGUCUGCAUGUCGAAGUGUCCUUGGACAAGAUACUGAACCCCAAAUUGCUCUCGAUGGCUGUUCGGUUCCACCAGUGUGUGAGUGGGUGAAUGUGACAUGAAGUGUAAAAGCGCUUUGAGUGGUCAGAGGACUAGAAAGGCGCUAUACAAGUAUAGCCCAUUUACAAUUCUUGAUUGGGUUGUACAGAUGUUUGGGUGGUAACUCUGCACCACAGAGAUUGCUACUGCUUGACUCUGGCUCCAAAUCACAUCAGCAGUGCAAGAUGGCAGCGGCCGUAUCCGGGAUAUUUUGGCUUCAUUUUUGUACAGUGGGGGUACAGCAGAGAUGCACUGUCCCUCUUUAUGUACAGUCUAUGGUCAAAAUUCACCAAAGUUUAAAUCUUCAUAAAACAUCAGGACAUAUUUUGUUGACAAAUCCACUGAUGAGGGCAGUUCCAUUGAAAUGAACUGCUUUCUAUCACAAUUUUUAAAUCAUGAUAUUUUGGCUUGACUGGGCCCCAAUGUGAGAUGUCUACCAACUAUCAGCACCAGUGUGGUGUUUUACAAACUACUACUACUUUACUACUUCAUCUUCAAGCUGUACUGUAGCACUUAAAACUUAAAAUAUUUAUGAUGCUGUAAAUGCUGUGUCAGCAGCAGUGGUGGAGGAAGUAUUCAGAUCCUUUACUUAGUACUAAUACCACAUUGUAAAAAUACCAAUAAAAGUUUUGCAUUGAAAAUGUUACUCAAGUAAAAAUAUGUAAAGACAAUCAGGGAAUUGUAUUUAAGUACUAAAAGUAAUAAAAUAAUUAAACUAAUUCAAAGGAAAAGCAGCAAGUCCUCAUAUUUGAGAAGCUGGAAAUAUGAAAUGUUUUUUGCAUAAAAAAUGACAAACAAUUAUCAAAAUAGUUGCCAGGGUAGGGUAAUCGUUUCAGAUGCACUUGUAGAUUUCCAUUUAGUUUGUGUGCAAAACUCUUAAUUUGUAAAGUUAAUGAAAUGAUCAGAUAACUGUAGUAGAGUAAAAAGUGCAAUAUUUUUUGUAGUGGUGCAGAGGCAGAAAGUGACAUGUAAAAGGGUUAAAAGUAAAAGUACCUCAAAUUUGUACUGAAGUACAGUACUUGAGUAAAUGUACUUAGUUACAAUCAAGCACUGGUUAGCAUAGGGACACACAGUAACUGAAAUUACAGCAAUUGGGAUAAGUGGAGAAACUAUAGUAGUGCUUCUUUAGCCCACAAAUUUAAUAAUCCAAUCAUUUUAUGUUCCUCAAAUUUAAAACUUUAGUUUGCUUUUGUUGGGCAACACUUUGUGGACGGUGAAAACGAGAGGCUGUUUUUUUUUUCUCUUAUCUUGGUGAAAGUGCUCUAGACCAUUUGUAAAAUUCUCAAACGCAAAACAUUGGUAAAUUCCAGAAAUCAUUAAGUUUGAACCAAAUAACACCAAAUCAUAGACACGGCCAAAAACAGAGAGAAUUUGUUCGUAUAUCAUUUCUUGCAUGAAUCUCAAUAUCACUGACUCGGUGGUUGGAGAUACUUUUCACAUUCUGCUGCUGUCGAUGACCCUGUUGUGUUAAACCUGUGCUAAUAAAGUUUGUUCACUCCUGA